UGAAGCGGCGGGACCCUCUGAAGCGGCGCUCUGGGUGGCUGCCGCGUCGGCCUCUGACUCCAACCAGGUCCUGACAAAGCCUGGGGCGGUGGGCCAGAGGAGCGCCUCAAGGCCGGGUGUCCGAGGGAGAUGGCUGCACCUGAGCCCGCGGACAGCGAUGCGAAAGAAUGGGAGCAGCUGGAACCUGCGCAGAGGAACUUAUCAAUGGGAAAUCAAGAUCCCAAACAAGGCAUGAUCUCUAAGAUGGAAAAAGAAGAGCCAUCACUGGGAGAGGCGAGAACAACCAGCCCACAUAGUAUGAGCAAAAUAGUACAACCCAAGAAAUCAGGAGCCAAUGAAAAAGUCCAACAAGAUGAUGUUCACAUAGAGGAAAAGCAGAAAUCUCAAGGCAAGCUCAUUGAGGAAGCUACAUUCAAGAAGAAAAAUUCAACUAGUGAGAAAAGCAGCACAUGUGCUUUGUUGGAGAGAAAAAAAGUCAGUACAAAACAUUUUCCUUCAAAAAAAAGGCUUCCGAAAUCUGAUUCACAUGGAAAGAGCUUAAAGCAGAAUUUAGAUUUACCUGAUCAGAUUAAAAACAUUACAAAAAAGAAAUCUGAUACAGCUAAAGAACACACAAAAUCAUUCAGCCAAACCAUAUCUGAUACAACAAAAGAUAAAAUUCCAGCUAGAAAGAAAUGUGAGAAAAUCCUCAACACUAAGUCACCUGGUAAAGGUGACAGAAAUUACACUGGCAAGAGAUGUGAGAAAGUGUGCUCAUCUCACACUAAAGACGACAAGGUCCAGACUGGAGAGAGACAGAAAUCAUCUACCAAGUCUGAGAAAGCUCCAGCUUCUGGGAAGCCUUAUAAAUGCAGUCACUGUGGGAAGGUCCUCAGCCACAAACAAGGACUCAUCGACCACCAAAGAACUCAUACCGGGGAGAAGCCAUAUGAGUGUAAUGAGUGUGGGAUAGCUUUUAGCCAGAAGUCCCACCUGGCUGUCCAUCAAAGAACUCACACUGGAGAAAAACCAUAUGAAUGUGCUCAGUGUGGCAAAGCUCACGGUCAUAAACACGCCCUCACUGACCAUCUGAGAGUUCACACUGGAGAAAAGCCCUACGAAUGUAAUCAGUGUGGAAAAACCUUCAGACACAGCUCAAACCUUAUGCAGCAUGUAAGAUCGCACACAGGUGAGAAGCCUUAUGAGUGUAAGGAAUGUGGCAAAUCCUUUAGAUAUAAUUCAUCUCUUACUGAACAUGUGAGAACACACACAGGUGAAAUACCAUAUGAAUGUAACGAAUGCGGCAAAGCUUUUAAGUAUAGUUCAUCCCUGACUAAACACAUGCGAAUUCAUACUGGUGAGAAACCAUUUGAAUGUAAUGAAUGUGGGAAAACUUUUAGCAAAAAGUCCCACCUGGUUAUCCAUCAAAGAACUCAUACAAAGGAGAAGCCUUAUAGAUGUGAUGAGUGUGGGAAAACCUUCGGACAUAGCUCAUCCCUUACCUACCACCUGCGGACUCACACAGGUGACUGCCCCUUUGAAUGUAACCAGUGUGGGAAAGCCUUUAAGCAAGUUGAAGGCCUUACUCAACACCAGAGAGUUCAUACUGGCGAGAAACCCUAUGAAUGUCCUGAGUGCGGGAAAGCCUUUAGUCAAAAGGCUCACCUCAUUGUGCAUCAGAGAACUCACACAGGGGAGAAGCCCUUUGAAUGUUAUGAAUGCGGGAAAGCAUUCAGUGCAAAAUCACAGCUUGUUAUACAUCAGCGAUCCCACACUGGAGAGAAACCCUAUGAAUGUAAUGAAUGUGGUAAAGCCUUUAAACAAAAUGCUUCUCUUACCAAACAUAUGAAAAUUCACUCAGAAGAGCAAUCUCAUGAGGAAAAUUAAUGUAGGAAAUCUGACAACUGACUGGUUUGGUCUUGUUGAAUGUUAAAAGAUGGUCUCAACUUGAUGUAGGUUAGAAAAUCUCUUUUAAGGACAUUAUUCCUUGUUAUACAUGAGAGAAUUAAUAAUGGAUUAAUAAUAAAAUUUAAAUUUGGUCCUAAACCUAUACAGAAAA